UUUGCGCCUAAUUUUUUUGCCUACGACGCAGUGUAAAAGUGGCCUAACCGAGCUUAGGCCACUUUUGCCUUCUGGCAACAUUUGGUGUUUUGGCGGGUUAGGCUGACAGCUGUCGUCGAACGAAGUUUCAUAUUAUAAUUUUCCUGCUCAAACCGCUAAAAAAACUUUGUUGAAAAGUUUUAGAAAACUUAAAGUACCUACUAUGAACGACUUGGAAAAUUCAGAAGAUGUGGAAGAAAAUAUGCGAUCGCUAUUUGGUUCUGAUUACCAUGGUUCAGGGUCAGAAUAUUGUCCGUCAGAACAGCACUCUUCAUCCGAUUUGGAAGAUGUUUUGCAAGAGGGACUUGAAAGUUCAAGAUUAGAAGAAGACAGAAUCGCAAGGAAACCAAAGAAGAGAAUUAGAAAAACUGAGAAUUGGGCCAGGAAUGUGAAGAAAUCAAAACGUAAUAAAGGAGAGGAAUAUACCAACUACAAGGGGGUAACUGUACCAGCUAAGACACCUAAGCACCAGAUUUAA